GGUAAACAGAUAUUUGCCAUUGAAGAUUAAAUUAUCUAGAAUAUUACCGUAGUAUACAGUAUUAUAAGAAAUGUAUACUAACAUUUAUGUUUUCUAUUAGUUCUGUUAAAUGAUGGUUUCAUUCAGCCAAGCUAUCCAAUGAAAUUACGUCAUAUUUGACGUCAGCUGGCCGAGGUCUGCACUGAAGAUGGCGACAAACGUAGGGGACGUGAAUGGUUGUCCCGAGAUUGAUAUUGGAGAUUCAAGAAAACGGACGUUGGACAGUGAAUUAGAUAUCGGGUCUACCAAAAGAUCACAUCAUGUCAAUGGCAUGUAUCAUUUCAAAAUACUUGUACCCUCUGUGGCUGCUGGGGCAAUCAUUGGUAAAGGUGGCGAGACAGUUGCUCAGUUACAAAAAGAAACUGGUGCCAGGAUUAAAAUGUCUAAGACUAAUGACUACUAUCCAGGGACAACAGAAAGAGUCUGUCUUGUUACUGGUAGUGUGGAUGGAAUUAUACAAGUUCAUGAAUUCAUAAUGGAAAAGAUCAGAGAAAAGCCUGACCCUAAUGCAAAAAUGGCCAUUGAUUUUGAUCAAAAGCAACCUGCAGAACGAGAAAAACAGGUAAAAAUACUGGUUCCUAACAGCACAGCUGGAAUGAUCAUAGGGAAAGGUGGAAGCUACAUUAAGCAAAUCAAAGAUGAAAGUGGUUCAUAUGUUCAAGUAUCACAGAAAUCUAGAGAUCAUGCCCUGGCCGAACGGUGUAUUACUGUCAUAGGUGAAAAGGAAAAUAAUAAAAAAGCUUGUGUAAUGAUUUUAGCUAAAAUAGUUGAAGAUCCGCAAAGUGGUAGCUGUUUGAAUGUUAGUUAUGCAGAAGCAUCUGGACCUGUAGCCAAUUUUAAUCCAACUGGCUCACCAUUUGCUGCCACCAUUCAAGGAAAUAGUGGAGUGAAUGCUAGCAACACAAGCUAUAGUUCCAAUGGCAGCCUAAAUAGUCUUAGUCCAACUGUUAAUAACAGCUUUGGAAGUCCACAAGGUACAGGAAAUCCAUCUGGAGUGAUACCAUUCUCAGCUGGUAUGGGAAUGAGUAUUGGAGCUCCACCUAUCCCUUCUAGUAAUGUUUCCCAAAUAGUUGAAAAUAUCAAAGCUGUGCUUGGAGGUAAUGGGUAUUCAGACCAGGCAACUGCAGAAAUUACUGCUGCAGUGCAUACUUUAUCUAAUUAUGGAGUACUAGGUUUGGGUCUUAACUUGGGAAAUACAUUAAAUAACAUGAGUGGAACACCGGUGAUGAGUGGUAUGGGAAUAGGAAUUGGAACAUCUGCUUCUAAUAGUUGUGCAUUUCCUCCAGGUGGAUUAGCCAGUCAGAGAAUCUUUAACUCAGGCACAGUUCCUGCCAUGGAUGGUUCCUGCCCUGUUAGUGCCUCUUCCAGUGCACCUAUGGGAGGAUCUUCCAAUGUGUUUGGUUCCCUCACUAGUAACAUAGGGAAUGGUAUAUCUGGAUUAGGACUUGGUGCAAACUUCUCUUCAUCCACAGUCAGUAGAUCUGGUGAAAGAUAUACAUUUCAGACAGAUCAGACUGUUUAUGAUCCAUUUCGUCGAAACUCGCCUGCUUUGGGAUCUCCAGGAGCAGCCAGCUUACCAGUGAACAAUAACUCAUUUGGCCUUGGUACAAGUUUCAGUUCUGGACCCACAGCUUUCCAGAAAAGCCCCACUCCAAAUGAUCGACAGGGUGGAUUUGAAUCAAGUAAGCUAGAAUUUGAAGUAGGUGAGAAUAUAGUUGGUGCCAUUCUGGGUCCAGGAGGAAAAUCUCUUGUUGAUAUUCAGCGAUUUAGUGGAGCAAACAUUCAGAUUUCUAAAAAAGGGAUAUUUGCACCUGGAACUCGUAACCGUAUUGUGUCAAUAACGGGAUCCCCUAAUUCUGUUUCCACUGCACAAUAUCUUAUUGAGCAGCAGAUUUCUGAAGAAGAAGCUAAGCGAGCUCAACAGAAUUCCAUGGGGACUCUCCGUUGAUAGAUAUAUUCAGUAUCAUUUAUCAGUCCUCCCUCCUUUCUUAUGUUGCAUGUAUUUGCCACAUCCACCAGUUAGACCCUUCAGUGAUUUGGCUCAACAGGGUUGUUGCAACGUGUCCACACAUUCUCAUUUUUUCUCACAAUGCCUGCCUGAAAGAGACAUAUUAUUGAAUUUAUGA